UUUUUAGAUUUGCCAUAUCUCACCUUAAAUGACCUGCAGUGUGGUGUUUCACGUGUAUUUUUUGAUCGAUUAGAUUAGAGAGUGCGCCUGAAGAGAAAAGGUUUUUUUUUUUUUUUUUUCAGUUUGAUUGGGGGAGGGGUUUCAACACAAGCAGGAAGAGAGAGACCUGCGUGUUGUGUUCACGUUCAGCCACAAUAACACGAAAUUCCUCCGUUGUGGCCGUGCUGCUCUCCCAAGAGGCCGCCUUUAGGGCCAUUUAAUAUUAAAACAAGCAGUUCAUUUACUGUCAAAUUACAGAGGAGCCGUUUUCAACGAAACAACAACGACCCCCACCCUUCAAGAAAGCAGGGUUAAAGUUCACAGGAAGCUGGGGGGCUGCCAUUUUUUCCCCCUGCUGCUGCUAGCGUUUAACGGUACAUGCUACAAUCGACGGGAGGGGCGGCUGGUUUGUGGCGUCUUUGAGCUGCGCACAAUCUGUCAUUUCUCCGACGUCGUCGCCAACAACCAUUGUUAUUUGAUGAAUUCGGUAUGGAGAAGGUAGCGGAGCCGUCUUGGACUUCUUCCUACACAUACCAGGUGAGCAAGCACAGCGCGGAGAUGCUACACAACCUCAACAUUCAGAGGAAAGAUGGAGGCAGGUUCUGCGACGUGAUCCUGCGCGUCGGCGAGGAGAGCUUCCCCGCUCACAAAGCGGUGCUAGCCGCGUGCAGCGAGUACUUCGAGUCGGUGUUCAGCCGUCCGGCGGAGGGCGACGGCGACGCCAGGGAGCUGGAGAUGCACACGAUCAGCCCGAAAGUUUUUAAAGACAUCUUGGACUUUGCCUACACGUCCAGGAUCGUGGUUCGACUGGAGUGUUUCCCGGAGUUAAUGACAGCUGCCAAGUUUCUGCUGAUGCGGUCAGUCAUCGAGAUAUGUCAGGAGGUUAUCAAACAAUCCAAUGUACAAAUCCUGGUUCCGACUGCCCGUGGAGGAGACGCCAGCCUCUUUCAGGCCGCGGCGGCUACGGAGCUGGGCUUCCCGGUGGCUCAGCAGGAUUUAUUAAACGGAACGGGUGUACUACUGAACGGCCAAAGCUUUGCUAGCAGUACGCAGAUGCAUAUGGACGGUGGUGUGGACACGGCCGCCGUGUUGUUGGAGGACGGCGGCGAGUCUUCGGUGCCCAUAUUGGAGCCCGUGGAAGGACUGUCCGUCUCCCCGCCCACGGAAAUAACGGGGAACACGUUCAAUCAUCAUGACGCCGGAUCCCCUGGAUCGAAAAGGGGCAGGGGGAGACCAAAGAAGGCCGGGGGGAUCGUGGAGGCUGUCCACUUCAACCACGGCACCCAGAAAGACAAUGGCCUGUUCCCUUGCGGGUCCUGCGGGAAAGCCUUCACGGAGGCUUCGCGCCUGAAGAACCACGAAGCGCAGCACGGAGCCUCCUCCGGGGGCGUCAGCAGCCUCGGCGGCGGCCUGUCUUUACUGGCGCAGUCCGGUCUCCUGGAGAACGGCAUCCAGUUGCCCGGCGGGCUGACGCUCGUCGACAACAGCCGCAAACGGGAGCGGACCAGGCGGCACGUGGGCUGUGACAUUUGCGGGAAAGUUUUCCGUGACGUGUACCACCUGAACCGACACAAGCUGUCCCACUCCGGGGAGAAACCGUACGCGUGUCCCGUGUGCGGGCUGCGGUUCAAGCGGAAGGACAGGAUGUCUUACCAUGUCCGGUCCCACGAUGGAUCAGUCGGCAAACCUUAUGUGUGUCAAAGCUGUGGGAAAGGCUUCUCCAGACCAGACCACCUGAACGGACACAUAAAACAAGUACACACAACAGAAAGACCCCACAAGUGCCAGAUUUGUAACGCCUCCUUCGCUACAAGAGACCGCCUCCGGUCCCACCUCGCGUGUCACGAGGACAAGAUUCCCUGCAAAGUUUGUGGCAAGUUCCUGCGAGCGGCCUACAUGACGGACCACCUAAAGAAACACAGCGAAGGAACGCACAACUACUGCGGCAUUUGCAAUAAAGGUUUCUCCACCGCGUCCUACCUUAAGGUGCAUAUAAAGACACAUCAUGGCUCAGCGCUGCCCCCCUCUGCCUCAAUGCACACCUUCCCUGAGCGAAGGGGGGAACUGCAGGUGCACAACGGCACCCCUUACCAUAUGGGACGCCAGUGCUCAGUGGAAGAUGGGCUGGAAAACGCUGGAAGUUGUCCUCAUCUGGAGUCCGAGGAAUCGGAUACUACUUUAAGGGAAUUGUCCAACGUCGACGAGCUCAAGUCUCCACACAAGUCCGACGCGCCAGAGCUAGAGAUGCCCUCUUUAAGCUGUAACGGGGCUACUGCCGGGGUCCUGGGGUCUCCGGGAAGCUCUAAAACCCAGACAGACCCCGAGAAGAAGUUUAUCUGUGGGAUCUGUGGUCAGGCCUUUCGCACCAAGUCCUACCUCAACAAACACCAGCACAGAGUUCACAAAGUCCAGAGGGCCCACGGAGCGUCAGGGUCCAGUUUAAGCGAAAUGGCGCCCUCCUUGACUUCUCCCUUCUCCCCCCAGCAGAACAUGUCUCUCCUCGAGUCGUUUGGCUUUCAGAUAGUCCAGUCUGCUUUCGCCUCUUCGCUCGUGGAGCCCGAGGCUGGCCAGAGUGGACUCGACUUCGGAGGGAAGUGACAUUUUGUUUUCGAGGCUUCAGUUGAGUUUCGCCUCUAACUGUUAGGACAAAGCCAGGUUACCCACAGAAGAUGCUCUGUGUUUGGGAAUAAGUUUGCCUCAACUUUGAACUCAUUUAUUUUCUUGUUUGUCUUGUUGCCAAAUGUGCAUCCAUUGACUUUUGGUCAAAAACAAAAAACAAAAAACAAAAAAAAUACUGCCAUUUAAUUCCUAUUUUUCCUACUUUUUCAGAGUAAACAAAGCAGUGUGUUCAGUGUUUUAUUCUUUAUAAAUAUGAAGUUUAGUUUGGUUAAACUGAUGUCAAUCUGUUGAAUUUAUCUCACUUUUCUCUUUUCCUGUCAAGUUUGAGCUCACACUGCUGCUUAGAUGUUUUUCAUGAAAUAACCUGCUAACUACUUAUAACUGCUCUGGUGAAGUUAGUAAACGUUUGUUUACUGUUAAGGUUAUUCUUCGUAUACACUGAUGUCUUUACCUCAAACUUUUUUUUUGUUGUGAAACAGGAGAGACUUUCAGAAUGAUUCAUGGCUGAUAAAAACAGCUUUUACUGUCAACUUACUGUGAUGUAGUCAACUUUUUAUUUCAAUCAUUUGGACCUUUUUUAUUUUAAUUGCUUUUCAGUCUCUUAUUGUUUUGUGUUGUCAUGAGUUUCUUUUUAACUAGUUGUCACUUUGUUACAGUGGAAGUUAGUGAUAUUUUUAUUCCAAGGCAUUCCUGUGAACAGUUUAUUAAAAUCAUUACUCAGCAUCACAUUUACAACUUAUCUGAUUUAUUUUCAGCAACUUUAACGUCUUAUAGAAUUCAAUAUGAUCUCAAAUUUAUUUGACAAGUUUAACAAAAAAAAUAAGUCUAUUUAAUUAUAUUUACAGCAAGGAAGCGGCUUCCUAAUUCUUGGAUAAAUUGCCGUUAUUUAAUAAAGAUCUUUGAAAUGCCACUCUUUUUUUUUUAUUUUUUCUCCCUGACUGGUAAUCAUCUAAAAAACCCAUGAUUUCAUGUAGAUAUUUAAAAGGGAAUAUAACGUACCAAUAUGGUUUGCGAGCACAGAAAUACACUUAAUUAUUUAGCAUCUCAUGAACCAACUGUUUAUACAUCAACAUUAUUCAUAAAUUAUUUUUGUUUUGUUUCUGUAAAUCAUGUAUCAUGAUGCAAAUCAGGUUCAGAGUCAGUGAAGGGGUGUGUAUGUGUGUGUGUAGGAUGACAAAGACAUUGGGUGUAUUCUGGUUGGUUUCUGUAUUUUACUACAUUCCUAUAUUAUUUAUGGCUAUAUUGUGAUUGUAACAAGUGUAUAUACCAACCAUAUAUACACACACUUUAUCUAAAUAUAUAAAUAAAUAUGAACCAACCUAUUUGCUAA